UACACCAAACCAGAAAGAGAGAGGUGGCGGCGGCGGCGGUGGUGAAGGUGCCUGCCAUCUGGGCUACGAAGAGGGCGAUGCAUUCGUCGGGUGGCGAGAUGGAGGCGGUGGAGAAGGCGAUGCGUGACAAGCGGAUGGAGGAGAGGGAGAAACGUGAGGCGGUGAUGGAGGAGCGGAUGGCAAAGAAGGAGAAGGAGGAGGAGGCGGAGAAGGCAAAGAAAGCGGCGAUGAUAAAGGCCGCGAAGGAAUUUGUUGAAGAGAUGGGAGGAGUCUCGUAGAGAAAAUGGGGGAACCCGAGGAUCCCUUUGAACAGUUUCGUGGUUUCUGGACGAGGGUUUGGGGCGAAGACGGCUAUUUUGGUAAAUUUGAGGAUGAGACAACUAUCCCCCCAUGCGUUUCACCUUCUCUGGCGAUGGCUCAACCAAGAAUACGCUGCAGUUCUUUUCAGUCAAAGUUGCAAAAAUUAACGAGAGCUUACAGUGGCCACUGGAUGUGUAUGGGUUCUUUUCCGUACGUGAUGUGGUGGAUCACAAACGCAACAUGAUCUUCUCCCGCGACAGGGAUAACUGCCAGACCAUCAGCCAAGAGGAUCCCUAUCUAACGCUGACAGGUCCAACCCGUGCUGUUGUGGUGACAUCAGAUCCUUUGUACUUUGAGAUUGAGCUGAAAGUGAAGGGCACUGCUGAAUCUGAGGAUAAAUAUUUAAGCCGCCUAAUUAUGACAUACAGGACAGGUUUUCUGGAUAGAAGUUUCACUAGUGGGCUUAGCACUCUGGAGAUGGCAUUCAAAGAGAUCAUCCAAUCUGUGGAGGCCACAAUCAGUGUAAAAGUCGUUGAUGGAUCAUGGCCAGAUGGUUUUCGUGGUGUAUUUUGUGCGAGCAUCGAUGACAUAGCUAGCUUGAAAGUCAAGUUGCUGGAAUGUGGAGAUGAUAGAUUGCCUCUUGAUGCUGAUGGCAACAUCAAGCUUAGAUGCAAGGUCGUUUCUGUUGGACUUGAGGGAUUGCUGAGGAUUUCUGUCAUGGCACAAUGUAUUAAUGGGGAUCAGGUUGUGGAGAGUCAUUGCAGAGAAGAUGUUAAGAGUCAUGAAGUAGUGUUUGAACCCAGGAGAUCGGGUACAAGCUCCAAUACUGAGCUUAAAAUUGGCUCUUGCAGAAUGGAAGUCACUGUGAGCUGGUCCCUGUUCUCUUAUCAGCUGUAACUUACCUGGCAAGGUUAUUGCUACUAGAGCCCAUCUGCUUUAAGCAACAGCUGUCGCGUUUUAAGUGCUAUUUUGUGCCAUACUAAACAAAGUAUGUAUUUCUUAUUGUUGCCUGUAUGGAUAAAGUUAGAUUUUCAUAGGUGCUGUGUUGGCUUAAUUCUAACAGUAUCCAUGUAUGCUAGCGGAGUUCAACUUAUCUUACAGAA